GAACUAUAGAGAAUAAUAGUUUGUAUAGGUGAUAAGACCACGUUGUCAUAACCCCUCUUUAAUAAACUCAACCUGCCUCAGUUAAAGCACGUGCUCUCCAGGACGUCAACAAGCACUAGCAUGCGAUUUUGGGUGGGACAAUUCGAGGUAUAUGAUAAUAAUGUAACGAAGUUCGGUACUUGCAAAUCGACUUAGACAGUAUGGCAGCGCCAGCGCAGGCACUGGUGAAUCGUACAGAGCAGAAAAGGGGUGGUAUAAACCGUAGUGGAAAUAGAGCUGUAACGAACGGGGCUUCACUUGAAGAACUUCGACAUUCUAAAGAAAUUGCAGGUAACUUAAUAAUGAACAACAGAAUCAAGUCACCAAAUGGAAAUGGAGAAAACCAAAACAGAGGAAUGACAAUGGAAAACUUUCAAGAUGGAGGUAAGCCUAGACAAGCUAGUGGCUCUAGUAAUAUUGAACAAACACUUUUUAACUCAAGCCUGGAAAGAUCACAGGUCAAUUUAGAGUUUCAGGGGUACAUUCAGAAUUCUAGUGAUUUCGUUUUAUCAAAUGAUGAGUAUAGGAAUGUUCAAGAUAAUGUAAAUCAUGUGGCUGUUGGUAGUUUUGUUGGAAGCUGUGUUGACCGUAACAGUAGUACUAGUAACUACGCACAACACAAGCAACAUGGCGGUGCAGGGAUUUCAGAAAGCAGUGGUGAUAUAAAUCCGCAGCCAAAUAAACUUUUCCAGCAAAUUAACCAACAGCAGUCUAGGAUAGGAUUUUCUCAUUCGUCUCGAUUAAUGAACAUGAGCCCUACUCAUUCGUCAGGACCGGUAUCAAGUGCCUCAGCAAUGGGUAGUUAUUCUAGCAAUGCCUCUCAACAACAACAUCGUUUCCGCUCGGCUUCAAGUCAAAGUAUAAUCCAACAAGGUGGUACAACCCCUACCUUAAAUCAGUUAUUACAGGCUCCUAACUUUAUGCAGCAUUAUCAAAAUAGAUAUGAAGAUUUUGACAGUAUUCAAACAGGUCCGAAAGGAGUUGGGGAAAUCGAAAACAUAUCUGAAACCCAGUACACUGGACCUGGCAACAGCAAUAAUUCCCAAGCCAGUCAUCUCGUUUGGAGCAGUACAAGAAGCAUGAGCCCCUAUCAGCAAAUGUCCAAUACACUGUAUAUCAAUAGAAAUCAGGGUGGGUCUAUAUCUGAGCCCAGUAUGAAACGGGCAUACCUUUCCCCUGGUCAGCAGAAUCCCCUUAGAUCACCAACUCAGUCUCAGUAUGGUCAGCAGUUUGCUCAGCGAUCAUUUUCAUCAACUCAAGGACAACCACAAAGUUUUUCAUCUCGCACUGUUAGUCAGGUUUACCCACAACAACAGACAGGGAGUCAGCUUUCAGCCCAGAAUUCACAGAUUGGCAGAUAUGAUCAAUGUACAUCUCAGAUGAGUAGCUAUGUGCAGCCAGGAAGUCAAAGUCCCCAGGAUACAGCAAAUGUUCCAUCAGACUCUGGUGGAGGGCAAACCACCCCAAUCCUGAGGGCACCGAGCACACCUCCAAAUUCCCUAGGACAACAAGGACAGCCUAUCCAUCAAGGGGUCUCGCCACACAGGCCGGCUCCUUCUCCUUCGGGGUCGUCAACAGGAUCGCGGUCAAUGUCUCCAGCAGUUGGCAAUCAGCAGAGCCUAUCCAUGCCUCCUAGACCAUCCUCUGGCCAGUCUGAUGGUGGUGGCACUUGUAACCAGAUGACCCUACAAACAAUGAACAGUCAAGGAAUUAGUCAACAGAUGGCAACACCUACCAUUUAUAUGAACAAGAUGCAUCCUAGCAUGAUGGGAAGUGGCAACACAUUAUCAGCUUAUCAUCAGCAAGGAGGUAAUUACCCUCGGUCUCCAAACUCGAUAGGCAUGGCUGGUUAUGGUGGUUCAGGUCAAAAUAGCUAUCCUCAGGGUGGUUCUGGACAUCCUAGUGCUUUGAAUAUGGGAAGAUUGGCAAAUCAUGCACAAGUACCCCAAAACUAUGGAGCACAACAUGGUGGUGGGUAUGUGAAUUCACAGUAUAACAGUGGUUAUGGUGUGAACAACAUGAUGCCUCCACCAAACCAGUAUCCUAAGGGUUCCCCAGUAAUGGGACCACAAGCAGCCGUGAUGGCUGCGGCAAGCUCGAUUAAUGCACGAUCCCCACCGGUGCACCAGCGUCAGCAUGUUCAGCAAAAGAAUUAUGGUAAUAUUGGAUACAAUAAUAUCCAAUCUCCCCAGCAACAGACUCAUCAAGGUAUCCCAUCAUCAAUGGCUCUCCCAGCAACAAAUGCCUCUAUGGAUAUCCAAGCUUCUAUUCACCAGAUGGCACUCCCACCAACAUCAGAAAAUUGUUCCCCAAGCUCAGUUUCUGGAUCUAACAUUCCACCCAACCAAGAAAUGUCUAGUGUGAGCCAUCAAGCUACCAGUAAUCUAGCUUCUCAACAUCACAGCAGAAACCGGUCCUCUCCUAUGUCCCCAACAAAUGCAUUAAUGAAUGGUACUGAUCGUUCCUCACCAGGUGGCAUUAGCGGGUUUCAUCAGACUUCACUUUCAUCUGGUGUAAACCAAAGUGUCAGUAGUCCUGUUACAUCAUCUACUGUUACUGUCUCUGGAACAGCAGUUAUUCCAACAGAACGGAUGCAGCAUCAGGUUCCUCCUUUCAUGACAUCACAGGAGUCAAGAAAGCUACAGUUUGUAGCUAACCCUUCACCAGCUCUAGAUGAAGGAAGUCAGGCAUCCAAUGCAUCUGGAUCAUCAUCUUUACCAGAAGAAGCAGGAGAAACUUUUAAACCAAACCACAAAAUAUCCAUGUCACAUCCUCCUACACCAAAUCCUCUUCCUUCACCUAAUGCAACAUCAAUGUCCUCCUUUCAUGAUGACCUUGAAGGUGCGUCAAGCCCUGGCUGGCCAAGAACACCCGCUAGCCCAACUGUGAACAGCCAUGGAUAUGAACAUCACACUAUAAAGAGGCCUGAUGGGUUACUGAAACUUUAUGAUCUGUCUGAUGACCCUGAACGUCACACGUUUCUUGACAAGUUGAUCAUGUUUGGCGAGGAGCGUGGAACUCCCCUGAACCAAUGUCCCACGAUUAGCAAGCAGCCUCUGGACCUUUAUCGACUCUAUCUGUGUGUUAAAGAGAAUGGAGGUUUUGUAGACGUGACCAAAUCGAAGCACUGGAAAGAUAUUGCAGGAUCUGUUGGGAUUGGAGCUUCGUCAAGUGCAGCUUAUACUCUACGUAAACAAUAUAUCAAGCACUUGUUGCCAUUUGAAUGCAAGUUUGAUAGGGGUGGUGUUGAUCCACAGCCAAUCAUUCAGCAAGUGUUGAUGGCUUCUAGGAAAAAAAACAAGAAUCCUCCACCUGCCUCAAAUGCCCAAGAACCAUUUCUUCAUCCUAUUUCCAAUAACCAGCCUAUGGAUGGCUACGUUCAGGGUAACUAUCCGGGACCCUACUCCCACCCUGGGCAAGGUUCAAACACUGAAUUUCAUGUUGUUGAAGGACAGCAUUGUGGGUAUCCACAGGGUCCACCUCCUUCUAACCAUAUUCAAGAAGGCAACAUGCUUGGUCCUCCUCCUGGUGGCAUGCCAGGUAUGCACUAUCAACGUCAGCCCAUGCCCAACUCUUACGGGUACAACCAGCCACCUGUAGGGCAGCCCUACGGCGGAGGCUCCGUCAAUUUCAGCAGUGGCCAGACAGCUGACCAGUUCCAAGAACAAUAUGGAAGCCAGUCUGCCAUGAUGCCUCCGUCGGAAGGGACGUACAGACACAGGAACAUGAUGCAGGAGAACCUCAGUCUUCCCAACUCUUUUCCACCUAAUCGUGCAGCUGCUUCUCAGUAUUCCUACCAAGUACCUUAUGACAGAGAAAGAUAUGAACAACACCAAAUGCCUGCUGGACCACGACCAGCUACACAACCCGAUGGUAUGAUGGGUCCCGGUCAGUCUGAUCCUAACCUCUACCCUUCCCAAAGAUAUCACAACCAGCAAAUGUUAUCUCAUAGUCGCGACAGUACAGGAGUCCAACCAGGUAGCAUCUACCAGGGUCGAGCACCUAUUGGGCCAGUUUCUGCCCAAACAGCAUUUCCACCUUCUGGACCUACACAAGUUUCAGGUCAAGGGCAGUACGUCCAAGGUCAACAACCACUGGAUAGUCAUUGUAACUACCAGAACUACCAACAAAACCAACAGAGCAUGUACAUACAAGGUGGUUCAUCACCCAACAAGAUGGGUCAUCAGCAAGAUAUGUAUGGAAAACAAACAAAUGAAUACAUGAGACCCCCAACAAACCAGUCAGACCAGUACCAAGUGGGAAGCUACGACCAAACACAGGGACACUAUGGAGACCGCAACCAGUACUACAGAAGACCACAAAGCAUGGUACCAUCCAACUUGGGAACAACCUCUCAAAGCUGGCCGAGAGAUGGUAAUUAUCAGCAGUAUCCUUCCUCCUCUCAAGCACAGUAUCUACCCACUCGUCGAGAGGGAUGGGAGGGACCUCAGGGAGUGAGUGGAUCCCAAACAGGUUCCACUCCUUGGAGGAUGUCUGCUUACUCCACAGCUGCUGGAUACUCAUCAAUGAACAUGCCAAACAAAGUACAGUAUGGACAAGAUAGGAUGUGUUUUCCAAGCAAAAAAAUACCACCAUACUCAGGAAUGAACCAGGCCAAUCAUUAUCCUUAUCCAACUCUGAAAAAGGAAAUGAUUUUUCCAUGUCACACCGUGGAAGGAGUGCUACCUGUCCUGACUAAAAGGCGACGCCUUACUGCUAAAGAUGUGAGUCCUGUGGAUCCGUGGAGGAUCAUGAUGUCUUUAAAGUCUGGACUUUUAGUUGAAAGUACCUGGGCAUUAGACGUCCUCUCGGUGUUGAUUUGUGAUGAUAACUCUAUGCUCUACUUUGGACUUAAUCAUCUUCAUGGUCUUUUGGAAGUGUUGUUGGAGCACUAUCGUCGCUGUUUGUCCCUAAUUUUUGGCCUGGGUAAUGAGCUGGAAGUGGGGUAUGAGGGUAGUGUGUGUACUAGCUCUGAAACUGAAACAAAAAACUGCACAUUUGAACACCUUAAGGUUGGUUCUGAAGAAAACGAUUGCUUGUAUAAAGAGAAUGAAGAUGACAACACAAAAGAUAAAUUGUCUGUAUUAAAAAGUGAAAAUUAUACAGAGAAAACAAGAUGUGGUAAAAUAGUGGGAAGCAAACAAGAUGAUGCUCUCUUUCUUAUAGACUCGGAUAAGAAGUGGGACUUCCAUGAAGGCUUUGAGAGUGGUGUUGAUCAUUGGAAGUGUGGCGGUGGGGACACUACUCAUCACAUUCAGACUCACUUAGAAAGUAUGGAAAGUUAUGUAAGUUUUGUGAAAAUAAUGGAAGACAAAAAUUCCACUGCUCUGAAAGAAGAAAACGAACAAAGUUUCAGUGGUAAACGUGUUUGUGUUCAGCAGAAUAUAGAUCAUGAAACUAUGAGUACUGAACAUUGUGAAAAGGAACCUGUGUUAAAAGAUAACUUCAAAUUAUGUGGGCUAAAGGGAGCACCUUUUACCAUCAAUAAAAACUCUGAACAGUGUUGUGACUUGGAUCAAAAUGAUGUCAACAGCAACUGUGAAUAUAAGGAAAAGGAAGUGAUAGUAAAAGAAGAGAAACAAGAUUUCAAAGCAAAAGCCAAAGAAGAUAUGGAGAAUAAGGAUGAUAAGAGCAACAUAACGGAAGAGCAGGGCUUAAAAAUACGUUGUUCCUCAUUACCUCGAAAACGGCAUCCUGAUGAUUGUGACUUAGAAAAAGAAACCUAUGAUCGAGAUGAACCAUCACUCUGUCUAGUGAGAGAUGGGCAGGAGAAUCUGUCUCGUCGGUGUUUAUGUCUUUCAACUUUCAUUAGAAACCUUUCAUUUGUGCCAGGAAAUGAUUCUGAAAUGUCCAAGCAUGCUGGAUUUCUUCUAAUUAUUGGGAAACUUUUACUGCUGCAUCAUAUCCACCUAACUCGCAAGCCAUCACAACAACAUUAUGACCGUGAAGAUGAGAUAGACAAUUUUUCUACGACAGAUUCUUGCAGUAGCUUAAAUGGUGAACGAGAGUGGUGGUGGGAUAUGCUUCAUUUACUUAGAGAAAACACACUUGUCACUCUAGCUAACAUAGCUGGUCAGUUGGAUCUUGCACCUUUUCCAGAAGAGAUCAGCCUUCCAAUUCUGAAUGGUUUGCUUCACUGGGCAAUUUGUCCAUCCUCUUAUGCCCAGGACCCUUUUCCAACACAACCAGUAUACUCCGUCCUGUCCCCUCAACGUCUGUCCCUUGAAGCCCUCUGUAAGCUUUCCAUUCAUGAUAAUAACGUGGAUCUACUCCUUGCUACUCCUCCUUGGAGUCGAAUUGAGAAACUGUUCUCAUUUUUAGCCCAGUCGCUCAAUCGUAACAAGGACCAGGUGUUGCGGGAAUUUUCUUUGGUAAUUCUUUCGAGCUUUGCUCAAGCUGAUGACAGUAUUGCAAAGGCUAUUGCUUUACAAAGCUGUUGCAUCUCCAACCUAUUGAUAUUUGUAGAACAAGCAGAACAGAGUGCUCUUCAGGUUGCCAACAUCCAGGGCGUUAAUGCCUUACGUGAAAAUCCAGAACUUAUGGGAACAACCUUAGAGAAGGUGCGUCGUGCAGCCUUCACAUUACGUUGCCUCUCUCAUGUGCCAGAAAACCAGCGUCUCUUUGUGCAACAUCAGCAGCGGCUCUUAAAUUUGGUGAUGUCCCAGAUACUAGACCAGGGGGUUGCAUCAAUUAUUGCUGAUGUAUUAUAUGAAUGUUCACAGAACUGUGAAACAAGUAGUGACACAAACUCUGUAGGUUCAACAGUUUUGUAGUGAAACUUUCUAGGAGCUUUGUUUUCAAAUUUCACCAUGAGACUUUUUUCAGCCACAUCUCUUCCUGACUGGUGCAAUGAUUCUGUGGUCUGGGGCCAAAAACCACCUUAAAACAGAAUACUGUGUAGCAGAAUUCUUAAGCUGGCCCCUUCCAGACAAUUAAACAUGGAAAUGCCAAGGUGUAGAGAUCGUAAAGGCUCAAACCUGCAUCCUGAAGCCAUUAUUUGGUUGUGGAGGUGCAUAAGCCACUUGUAUUUAUUGCUAGAUAUUUUUAUUUUGCACUGGUUCUUGUAUGUAUACAUUCGUUAAAAAAAAAAAAGAGUUGUAUUACUAUAUAUCGUAGGCAAUCUCAUGUGCAGAACAGUUAUUGAUAGACGUUUGUUCAGUGGCACAAUGAAUUAUCUAUUUCGAUAACAGCAUAAAGAUAAUGACUUGGUCUCUGAUGAUACCUUUUAGAAACGGAAGUAGUGAAGGUGAUACUUAUUAUGGCAGAAAGACAUCAUUGUUCACUGUAAUUUUAAAGUAGAUUUUACUCUGGUAUAAAAUAACCCACACAGUUUUUUUUUGCCUCAUAUUUAAAGCAUUGCUUGUAUCUUAUUCAGUGACUUCGAUUUACAAAGACCAGUUAAACAAUACUUGUGAAGAAAGUAAUUUCCAGAAGUCUGCAACAACAAUUAGUUAAUUUGAUGACUGGGAUUGUGGGCAGAAAUUAUUUAGGUAUAUUCGUGAAAAAACCUGCUCACAAUUGCUCUGUACAUGUGUAGCAUUUUUUGUGUACGUAUGUUUAUGUAUGUAAGGUUCAGAAGCAGGGAUCGGAUUUAAUGACUUGUUUGGAACAAAUGAUCGCCUCAUGUUCAUUCUCUCUCUCUCUCUCCACCCUAAAAAAUCACGUGGGAGUGAUUACAUUCUUUGCUUAGAAAUUUCAGAGUCAAGCAUGACCUUUUCCUCUUUAGUCCUUUGAUAUUGGUAUGAACGCGUACAAAAGCUUUAUACUAUGUAUAUGUUUGAUGAAAAAUCACAAAUAAAUGUACAGUAUACAUUCUCCA